AUGGAAACCACACAUCUCCAGGCACUCGCAUUGAAUUUUCUGAAAAACAUACCAGGCUUUCUCAAUGAGGGAGUCGACAUCCCGACGCUAAGUAAUUGCCACAAAUGUAACGAGCAAAUUUUAUCGGUACUCUCCUGUGGCCAUAUACUUCAUCGAACUUGUAUUCAGGAAAUUAUCAUGGGAACCGAAGCAAAAUGUCCGAGUCCACCGCCGACCGCACCCAUACAAAGUCAGUCGAAUCAAACCAACGAUGAGCAAGGCCGAGAACCAACACCUCCGAAUAAAUUACAAGGUUUGAUAACCGAACUAUCCACACCUACUAAAGGUGAAUCUGACGAAGCCGAUGAGAAUGAGAUACCUGAUGGAUCAUUAUCCCAAAAUUUGGCCCGGCUAUAUUAA